UUUUUUUCCUUUUUUUUUAUUUUUUUUGCCUCUGUUAAUACUUCUAUUUUUUUAUUAUUAUUAUUAUUAUUCUUGUUUUUAGCGACAGCUUUCAAACCUACUUUGGGGUCUUAAAACGAAACCGUACACCAUUUCACUGUGGACAUUACACCCUCUUACAGAUAUGGGAGACAUGGGAGACCCACCAAAAAAAAAACGUCUGAUUUCCCUAUGUGUUGGUUGCGGCAAUCAAAUUCACGAUCAGUAUAUUCUGAGGGUUUCUCCGGAUUUGGAAUGGCAUGCGGCGUGUUUGAAGUGUGCAGAGUGUAAUCAGUAUUUGGACGAGACCUGUACGUGCUUUGUUAGGGAUGGCAAAACCUACUGUAAAAGAGAUUAUAUCAGGUUAUACGGCAUCAAGUGCGCCAAAUGCAGCAUCGGCUUCAGCAAGAAUGACUUCGUGAUGCGCGCCCGCGCCAAGGUGUACCACAUCGAGUGUUUUCGCUGCGUGGCCUGCAGCCGCCAGCUCAUCCCCGGCGAUGAAUUCGCACUGCGGGAGGACGGCCUCUUCUGCCGGGCGUCUCUGCAGACUCCCUGCUUCCUACUCAUGGGGAUCCUGUUCCUCCCUUCCCCUUCCCUUACAGCAGAACCUAUCUCUGCCAGACAGCCAGCUCUGCGGCCCCACGUCCAUAAGCAGCCCGAGAAGACAACCCGAGUCCGGACUGUCCUGAAUGAAAAACAGCUUCACACCUUGAGGACCUGCUACGCUGCCAACCCCAGACCUGACGCCCUCAUGAAAGAGCAGCUGGUAGAAAUGACUGGCCUCAGCCCAAGGGUCAUCAGGGUUUGGUUUCAAAACAAGCGAUGCAAGGACAAAAAAAGGAGCAUUAUGAUGAAGCAACUUCAGCAGCAGCAACCCAAUGACAAAACUAAUAUCCAAGGGAUGACAGGAACUCCAAUGGUGGCUGCUAGUCCGGAGAGACAUGACGGCGGUUUGCAGGCGAACCCCGUGGAGGUGCAGAGUUACCAGCCGCCCUGGAAAGUACUGAGUGACUUCGCAUUGCAGAGUGACAUAGACCAACCUGCUUUUCAGCAACUAGUUAAUUUUUCAGAAGGAGGACCUGGUUCCAAUUCUACUGGAAGUGAAGUAGCAUCAAUGUCCUCUCAGCUGCCAGAUACACCCAACAGCAUGGUAGCCAGUCCUAUUGAGGCAUGAGGAACAUUCAUUCAAAUAUCUGUUGUUGUUGUUUCUGCCCUUACCCUCAACCCUGUUGAAGAGAGUGGGAAAGUGAACGUGUUGGGACUUCGAAAUUUAGGGGGAAAGAAUACUUAACAACCCUGUAAGGAACCUAGCAAGGAACUGCUCCAUGAGAUGAACGGAGUCAUAUUUGAAAAGACAAGGUAAUAUGGUAGCAACACUGUGAAGACAAUCAUGGGAUCUUACUAGAAAAAAAAAUACUUAAAAGAACCACAAACCCCGUGCUUUUCAAUUGUCAGAGAAGUAUCAAAAAGACAUUUUCCAAAUAUAAUGGAUUUGUACUCGUGGAUCUCAAAAAAAAAAAAAAAAAAAAGGAAAUCUUUUCAUUUGACUGCACAUCUUAGGGAGAAACCAAGGUAGAGGGAGUUUCUAUCCGGUCCCUCCCAUUCCGAAUGGUGCUGUUUCUAUAUUGGGGAUAGCCUUGCCAAAAGAAGCUCCAGUAGGUUUUCCAUCAUCAGGAAAGAGACGAUUCAGCCCUGCAUUGCUGAAAGAUUCCUUGCAGGAAGGUGGAGCUGCAUUGGUUUGCAAUGUUGUUUUUAGUUGACUCUUAACAAGGGGUUUAUCCUGGGUCUCUUCUAGCAUGCCUGUAGCGGGGUUUUGAUUUUGUUUGGUUGAGAUCCACCCCCUAUUAAGUGUGAUGCGAUUAAAAAUAGGUUUUUGAAUUCCUCUUUAAAGGCGAAUUUAUAAAAACAUUGCAACAAGGUAUACCUCUAUUUUGCCACAAAGCGUCUCGGGAUUGUGUUUGAAAUGUGUCCGCCCAAGAACCUUCCCCUCCCCCAGAGAUGUGUAUAGUCAUUGGUUAUAACGACUGUUUUUCUCUCUUUCCUUUCUCUUUAUCUCUCACUCUCUAGAAAAAAAAAAUAGGAAAAAAAGUAAAAAAAGAAAAUAGGACAAGUAAAAAAAAAAAAAAUCACUCCUUUUGUUUGCUCUUGCAUUGCAAAAUUAUAAAGUAAUUUAUUAUUUAUUAUCGGAAAACUUGCCACUUUUCAUGUCAGUUGACUAUUUUUUUUGUUUGCUGAAGUAAAAAAGAAAAAAGAAAAAAAAAAAAGAAAAGGUUGUACCGUGGUCUUUGAAUUAUAUGUCUAACUCUAUGUGUUUUUGUCCUUUUUCUUUCCUUAAAUAUGAUGUGAAAUAAAAGCGCCAUAUGUAGAAUUAUUAUAUCUUCAGGACUAUUUCACUAGAUAAGCGUUUGGAAUAGAAAUAAUAAUAAUAAUAAUAAUAAUAUUAACAUUAAAUAAUGAACAAAGUUCCCUCUUUUAAAUAUUUACAGGUUAGCAGCUAAAAUACCUGAAAUAAAAUAUUGCAUGCAAAGCCGGUCAUUAGUGAAUAAAAGGAGUGUGAUAUUUUAUUGCAAGUAUUAACGACCAGCUUGUAAAUUUCCGUUUCAACAACUGUAUCAGGGCUAGUUGGAUGCCUUAGCUUUCAAUCGAUAACGUUAGAAAGUCUCUUGUUCCCCCACCCCAUCCCUUGCCCUUAAAAGUGAUAUUACUCUAGGCAUGAUCAGACAUAACGUUAAGACAUCUAAAGAACUGAGAGCUCAGGCUUUUUGCUGAGUUCUGCUAUUUUUAAAAAUAAUAAAAAGAAAGUGCUGUA